CCAACCUCCCCCCCCCCCCCCAAGCUAGGCUGAGCUGUGCCUACGUUGGCCUCGGCUCCCGGGGACUGGAGGAGUUACCUUUGGAGCCCAAAAGGAGGAAGGAAGAAAAUAUAUCAACAACAGCGGCAGCUCGGGAGCCCCAGCCCCGGACCUUCCCUCCCCUCAACCCCGGCCCCAGGACAGGGGCCCGGGACCUCCCGGCUCCACCCAGGGCCCCGGCAGACGCCUGUCUCGUUAGUUAUUUUUCGAUUUCCCCUCCCCCCCAAAAGAAAAAAAAACCUACCACCUUCCAGCGCUUGAAGAUCUGAGAGCACCGAGGACCACCACUCUUCCUCUCACCCCCUUCCGCGACACCCCCCUCCCCCCACAGGGGGUUGGUGGCUGUGCUAGAACUGCCCUUGAGGACCAUGAACUAAUCUCCUUCGGGGACGAGUCUUUUCAUGAGCAUACUCUAACACCGGCCGGUCGAGGACCCACCUCCCAGCAAGGCCUUCCCCUCCCCACCUCUCCCCAGGGUUGAGGAUCUCUGGAGAAGAUGGGGCGGAAAAAGAUCCAGAUUCAGAGGAUCACAGAUGAGCGGAACCGGCAGGUGACAUUCACCAAGCGGAAGUUUGGGCUAAUGAAGAAAGCGUACGAGCUGAGUGUGUUGUGUGACUGUGAAAUCGCCCUCAUCAUCUUCAACCACUCCAACAAGCUGUUCCAGUACGCCAGCACGGACAUGGACAAGGUCCUCCUCAAGUACACGGAGUACAACGAGCCCCACGAGAGCCGCACCAACGCGGACAUCAUCGAGACCCUGAGGAAGAAAGGCUUCAAUGGCUGUGACAGCCCCGAGCCCGAUGGGGAGGACUCCCUGGAGCAGAGCCCCCUGCUGGAGGACAAGUACCGGCCGGCCAGCGAGGAGCUGGAUGGGCUCUUCCGGCGCUACGGGGCGCUGCACAAGAAGCACAGGGAGUGUGAGAGCCCCGAGGUGGACGAGGUGUUUGCCCUGACCCCCCAGACGGAGGAGAAAUAUAAAAAGAUAGACGAGGAGUUUGAUAAAAUGAUGCAGAGUUAUAGACUGGCCUCUGCAGUCCCAGCCCCAAAUUUUGCCAUGCCAGUCACGGUGCCUGUGUCCAAUCAGAACUCGCUUCAGUUCAGCAACCCUGGGGGUUCCCUGGUGACCCCGUCACUGGUUACGUCAUCCCUCACAGACCCGAGGCUCCUGUCCCCCCAGCAGCCAGCCCUGCAGAGGAACAGCGUAUCACCGGGGCUGCCCCAGCGGCCAGCCAGUGCUGGGGCCAUGCUGGGAGGAGACCUCAAUAGUGCUAAUGGAGCCUGCCCCAGCCCUGUUGGGAAUGGUUAUGUCAGUGCCCGGGCCUCCCCCGGCCUCCUCCCUGUCGCCAAUGGCAACAGUCUGAACAAAGUCAUCCCGGCCAAGUCUCCACCCCCACCCACCCACAGUGCCCAGCUUGGGGCCCCCAGCAGAAAGCCGGACCUUCGAGUCAUCACGUCCCAGGGUGGGAAGGGCUUAAUGCAUCAUUUGACUGAGGACCAUUUAGAUCUGAACAAUGCCCAGCGUCUUGGGGUCUCCCAGUCCACCCACUCACUCACCACUCCUGUGGUCUCUGUGGCAACACCCAGUUUACUCAGCCAAGGGCUUCCCUUCUCCUCCAUGCCCACCGCCUACAACACAGAUUAUCAGCUGACCAGCGCAGAGCUCUCUUCCCUCCCGGCUUUCAGCUCAACUGGGGGACUGUCGCUAGGCAACGUCACUGCCUGGCAACAGCAACAACAGCCACAGCCACCCCAGCAACAGCCCCAGCCGCCACAGCAGCCGCCACCGCCGCCGCAGCCCCAGCCCCAACAGCAGCAGCCGCCACCGCAGCAGCAGCAACAGUCCCACCUGGUCCCUGUGUCUCUCAGCAACCUAAUCCCGGGCAGUCCCCUGCCUCAUGUUGCUGCAGCCCUCACCGUCACCACCCACCCCCACAUCAGCAUCAAGUCAGAGCCGGUGUCCCCGAGCAGAGAGCGCAGCCCAGCACCACCAGCCCCUGCCCCCUUCCCGGCCCCUGCUCGGCCUGAGCCUGGGGAUGGCCUCAGCAGCCCUGCCAGUGCAUCCUAUGAAGCUGGGGAGCGGGAUGACGGGAGGGGUGACUUCGGGCCUACCUUGGGGCUGCUCCGUCCAGCCCCAGAGCCCGACACUGAGAGCUCGGCGGUGAAGCGGAUGCGGCUGGAUACCUGGACAUUAAAGUGAUGAAUCUCCCCCUCUAUCAACCUCCCUCUUGAAGAGUUGACAAUCUCACCGCCCCUCCCAGUCCCGGGCUCCUCCCCGCUCGACCCCUAGUCCCUUUCUCGUGCUCCGUGUCCUGUUGACGGUUACAUUUGUGUAUAAUUAUUAUUAUUAUUAUUAUUAUUAUAUUAUUAUUAUUUUUUUAAUUUGAACUCUUGCUUCUGGGAGGGGGAAGCAUCCCCUUCUCUUUCUUCUCCCCUCUGUUUUCAUGGGGGGGAAACACUCUUUUUUUGGGGGGGAUAAUUUGCACGUUGUACACAUAUGCUGCAGGGGGGGAGGGGGGACCCCAAAAAGACUUUGGGAUGGGGCAGAAGCCGAGCCCUGCAUGUGGAAACCUCCCUUCACCCUCAUCCCCAAGAGAGAGGAAGUAACCAAAAAAAAAAAACCCCAUAAAAUGGACUUUGAACCCCCAGAGCCUAGUUUGGACCUGGGGGAUGUGGGCUGGAUGCCUGGGUCAACACUGUUGUGCUCCUGCUGCAGGGCCUCAGGAGGGCUGACUGGAGUUGGGGUUAAAAUCCCCAUGGGUCUCUGCCUCUCCAGUGCUAUUCACAUGUUCCUAGGCUGUUUAGGUAUGGAGUGAGUGCUCAGGCCUGGAACUCUAAAAUAAUCCCCCUCCUUCGCUGAUCCAUGUGGAAGAUGCACUCUCCAAAACUAAGGGGCAAGGGGCAGAGUUGCAAUUGUAGUGUGAGGACCUCAGGUCUUGGCGUCCUGUAGAAGCUGUUAUCUUGUGCCAGGAAGUCUGAGGUAGGGUGGGGGAGGAGGGGUGGAGAGGGACACCCUCGCCCAGGACUUGGCGGAGCUUCGGAGUUUCUCCCUCUAGAGAUGGAAGAGAGUAGGGAUGGGAGAGGGGCCACCUCACAGCACAGUGUGUAGGGGGUAGAGAUGUGGGGUACCCCCUUCUUAGGCAUUAGAGGGGCAUCUGGUGGUGGUGAGAGAGGAGGGCCUCCUUUUCCCUCCUCUGGGUUUUUCUUCUAAAAUAUACAGUGCAAUAGCAUCCUUUUCCUCACCCAUCCCUUUCACUUUGACUCCCUAAUUCCCAACCCUAUCUUUCUGCCCUUGGUGCUGGCCUUUCAAAUUAAGCCUCAACCCUGAGGGGGGCAGUGCCAGUCUUACUUAUGCUGGUAGAACCUGGGAAAGAAACUGAGGAUGGUGAGCACAUGCUGUGCCUCCUCCUCCUCCACCCGGACCCUAAUCCUAACAGGCCUGGACCGGCCUAGUGGAAGUCUGCAUGCGGGUUUUUUGGAGAACCUGGGCACUGGGGCUAACAGGGUGGAGGGGAAGUCCAUUAAGGUCAGGGAGGAUCAGAAUACCCUUUUGUCACAGAGGUCAUGGAAAGGGGACGGGAACGCCCACUCCCUAUCACACAUACACACCAGAGGCACCGGCCCCGGAGGGGGGAAGGGAGGGAGCCAUAGUUUCCCAGAGCUGGGGAAUGGAGUAGGGUGGAGUGAAGUUGCUGAGCCUCACGCCCAGUGCUAGUUGUGUCCCGGGGUGGUCUGCUUCUUUAGCCUUGCUCCACCCCAGCCGUUCCUCUCUCCCUAGCCCUGCCUCCCCUUCUCUUGGUCCUCCCCAUUUCCACCAGCUUGCUACCUCCUGCUCCCCACCACCAUCACCAUCUCCUCUCCUUCCCAGGCCCCCACCACCACACCCCAUCUUUCCCUCGGCUACUGUAAUUGUAAAUAGCAACUUUGGAAAUGUUGGCUAUGUAACAGUCCAGGAAACUGUUUUUUUGUUGUAUUGAUAUGAAAUGAAAUUCUAUUUUUGUCAAAGUAUAUUGUAAUAAUAAUGACUCUGAAACGGCCCGUAGUGUACAGAUGAGAUUGUUCUUCUUCUACUGUUGUUCUUGCCCUCCCCUUGCCCCACUUUUGCCCCUUUCAUUUUCUCCCCAGAUGUGUGCAGCUGGGGGGAGGGGGAGCAGAGAGGGAGCCAAAGCCUGAGGCCCUUGGAUCUUUGGCUGUAUCUAAGAUCAUUAGGGAGCUGGGAGGUGUCCCCUAGCAGCCCCUACUUCUACACCUACUCACAGAGGUGGAGUGUGGGCAGUGGGAGGCCUGGGUUGUCUUCCCCCAUCCUUUCAGACAUUGAUUCUUGGCUUGUGCUCCCAGUGCCCGAGGGCUAGGGACUUUAUCUUAGGUCUCUCAGUACAGUUGAAACAUAGAGGCAGCAGAGGCCAAGUUCUCUAAGUGACCAUCUUUACACAGCUCAGAGACCUAGUCAUGUGCAGUAUUCUGAAACUUAUCAUGGGGGGGCGGGGAACCUGAAGCAGAGAGUGUGUGUGUGUGUGGGUGUCUGUCUGUCUGUGUGUGUGCAGGCCGCACGCCUGUGUGUCUGGUGUAUGUGUGUGUGAAGUGACCAGCUGUCCAGCAUUUCAGCUUCCUAAUCUUCCCAACUUUGUCCUCCCAAAAGUCCUUCAUAGAUAUAUUUUCUCUUGCUGCAUCCACCUCCCUUCUUUGUCCACUCAUUCAUUUAGUAAUUCAGUAAGCAUUUAUUAAGCACUUAUGGUAUACCAAAUGCUGGGAAAGAUACAAAGCUAAGAUAAGGCAAGAUCCCUGUCUUUAUGGACCUCACAUUCUCUCCGAGAAUUGUCUUUACUUGCUAAAUUAAAACAUUAUUUUUAUAUGUCCAUUUUCAAGGGGGAUUUUGCGGCUGGUCCCGCCUGGCUCUCCCAUUUGGUCCUGUGUUUCCAACCUUGCCCACAGUGGAAUUGUAUUACUCCAGCUAGACUGGGCUCUUUCCUGUCUCCCAGCAUGGGAUUUUCCUGGAUUUUCCUACCUCUCUGUGCUCAUCCCUAUAAUAUGCUGUCCUCCCUCUAAGUCCUGCCUUUCCUUCAGAUCCCAAAUUCACGCAAACCUACCUCCUGAAUAAGCCCCAUGUCUCAGUGAGCAUUCCUUCUUUAUUUCUCCAGAACAGUGGUUCUCAAACUUUUUGGUCUCAGAACUCUUUGAAAUUAGUGGGGAUUCCAAAGAACUUGUAUGUGGCUUAUUUCUGUCCAUAUUUACAUAUUAAACAUUAAAACAUCUUAGUAUUAAGAAAAUUGCUUUGACCUCAUGAUCAUAAGAUAAUUUUAGGGGCCCUAGAAGUUCUCAGACCAUACUUGGAGAAUUGCUGGUCUACAGCAUCUUGGCCUUCCAGCAUGCCCCUCUUCCCAACUAAGGGCAGGGACUGUGUCUUGUUCAUCUUUUUCUCCAGCCCUUACUCCCUCCUCCCCUUUAGUCAUAGCACAGUACCUUGCACACAGUAGCAGAUGGUCAGUAACACUUGCAGGUGAUUAAUUCUCCCCUUCUUGGCCAGACUUACCUCCUACCUGGCUCCAUCCAACUUUCCUUGGCUACACUAAAUAUCCCAGAGGAACCUUUCCCUAGCCCUCCUCUCUCUUUUUAUAUGUGUGUGCUCCUAAUAGUGUAUAAUGUUCAUCAGGUUUGCCUCUUGUAAUACAGUGGGUAGAGGAUGUGUGUGUGUGUGUGUGUGUGUGUGAGAUUUUGUGUUUGGAGAUUUUUUUUUUUAAGGGGGGAGGACAGAGUGCUUAUAUGGGUGUGUCUGUUACAUUUCUGCAGUUCAGUAUCCCAGGGUUUAUCAUAGGGCUUUCCAACAAGAUAAGUAACCCUCCUUAAAGCCUAGUCCUUCUUGGUGACUCCCUUUCCUAUUCACUAGCCAAACUCACACUUCUUCCCACCCCCUCUCCCUAGAACUGGGCAUUUGCCAAAGCAACCACUGGAGACAGCCAACAUCCCUCACCUCCACCCUCCAAUUUUUAGACAGCUAUCAGGGAUGAUGGGUGAGAGGAAUUUUCCCCCUCCCCAAACAACCCCUUCCUUUUACAACAGUGCACUAAAUACAGCGGCAAGACUGAUCCCCAAUCCUAAUCCUCUCCACCUUGGACAGAAAGGAAGCAAUGCACUUCUCUUACUGUUUAUUUAUUUGUUUGGAAAGACAGAGAUGAUGUAAAAGUGUAUCUAGAAAUAUCUAUAUCACUAUAUAUUUUUAACUGACUCUUCAGGAUCCCUUGAGGUGGGUAGAGGGUGAAUUUAAGGUUCCAUAAAUAGGGGGUGGAACCUGGAAAUUCUUAGCUUUCCCUUCUGCCCCCUUCCCUUGAAACAUUGGUAGGAGGGAUAGGAUUGGGUGGGGCUGGACUAUUUUUAAUGGAGAAUCUGGAUUCUCUUGUGUCCCUCCCCAGCCCAGGUCUGAGGAAGUGGCGUGGAAAACUUAAGUUGGUAUUCCAUCCUCUUCCUGACCCUACCCCCCAACUCCCAAACCUGACAAUCACCCACUCCUCUAUGGCUCUGACUGGGUCCUGGGGGCGGGGGGAGUCGAAAGUGUGUGGCUGUUGAUUUGUUUUCAAUAUUUCUUUCCGUGCUGUAUGGUGAUGCUUUCUUGGUAUUCUACACAAUAAGAAAAGACAAAAAAGUCCUCAAGUUCUUAUGAGUUUUGUUUGAAAACUCUUUCACUAUAUUUGUUGUAAAGAGGUUUACUAUUAAAAGAAAAAAUACACGUUUCUGAUAA